AUGGGUGCCCUCACCGGUGCUAUGACUGAGUUGCUUGGUGAUCAUCUCGAGAAAGCCGAUCCGCAGAUGUACGAGAUUGUGCAACGGGAAAUUAGACGCCAGCAGCAUUUCAUCAACCUCAUCCCAUCCGAGAACUUUACAUCUCAAGCUGUUCUAGACACUCUUGGCAGUGUUAUGCAGAACAAAUACUCCGAAGGAUAUCCAGGAGCCCGCUACUAUGGCGGCAAUGAACACAUCGACGAAGCCGAACGACUCUGCCAGCAACGAGCUCUGGAGACCUUCAGAUUGAAUCCUGAGGAAUGGGGUGUGAACGUUCAGCCCUUGUCCGGCUCACCCGCCAAUUUGUACGCGUACUCAGCCGUCCUCAACACUCACGACCGGAUCAUGGGUCUCGAUUUACCACAUGGCGGCCACUUGUCGCAUGGAUACCAGACUCCAACCAAGAAGAUCAGCAUGAUCUCGAAAUAUUUUGAGACUUUCCCAUACCGACUAGACGAGAAGACUGGUUUGAUCGACUACGACAAGCUCAGUGACCUUGCGCAACUGUAUCGCCCAAAGCUCAUCAUUGCUGGCACAUCAGCUUACUCUCGUCUGAUUGACUACGAGCGGAUGCGCGAGAUCGCAAACUCCGUCAAUGCCUACUUAUUGUCUGACAUGGCCCAUAUUUCUGGCCUCGUUGCAGGCGACGUGAUUCCAUCGCCUUUCCCGAAUUCAGACAUUGUCACAACAACCACUCAUAAAUCACUGCGUGGCCCUCGUGGUGCAAUGAUUUUCUUCCGCAAAGGCGUCCGUUCAACCACCAAGUCGGGUGAGAAAGUAAUGUACGACCUCGAGAACCCAAUCAAUGCCUCGGUCUUCCCCGGUCAUCAAGGAGGUCCUCACAACCACACCAUCAGCGCUCUCGCUGUUGCACUACACCAAGCACAGUCGUCCACAUUCAAGCAGUAUCAGAAACUUGUGCUUGAGAACGCCAAAUCUCUCUCGAAGAGAUUAGGUGAUUCGACCGAGAGCGGCGGACUGGGCUACAAUAUCGUCAGUGGUGGUACCGACAACCAUCUAGUUCUGGUAGAUCUGAAGAGCAAAGGCGUGGAUGGUGCCAGAGUUGAGAGGGUGUUGGAGCUCUGUGGUCUGGCCGCCAACAAGAACACUGUGCCAGGAGAUAAGUCCGCUUUGAAGCCCGGAGGGUUGAGGAUGGGUACGCCCGCCAUGACAACUCGAGGUUUCCAGCCUACGGAUUUCGCCCGUGUAGCGGACAUCGUCGAUCGAGCCGUCAGUAUCACAAUUCGCCUAGACAAGAAAGCCCGAGAAGAGGCGGAAGCGAAGAAGCGAAAAGCUCCUGGUAGCGUCAAGGCCUUCCUCGAGUACCUCGGCAAUGGAGAGGAAGACACGGAGAUCCUGACUCUGCGAAAGGAGGUGGAAGGGUGGGUUGGCACUUUUGAACAACCCUGGAUCAAGGAAUAG